CCCCGUACAGCAGGAGCGCAGCGGGCAAACCCGGGUUGUGGAAGGUCCUCCCGCACUGCGAGCGGUGCUGUGUCUGUCUUUUUUAUAUACUGCCUGAUAUACAGCGUCUGAUGUUUAUUUUUUAAUCUCCAUUUUUUUCCCACAGUAGUGGCGCAUCCGUAGGCUCUCCGUGACUGGGACAAUGUGCCGAGCUUUUGUGAGCUCCUGAUGGCCCGAGUCUAUCAAUACCAGGCAGGUAACGCCGACAAGAGGUGGAUGAAUGUGCAUGCAUAGAAAGCUACGUGUGCAUGAGACAGAAACAGACGGAUAGACAGACAGACAGGCGGACAGACAGGGUCUUACACCCUGAUUAUUCACUGAAUAAGAGGAGCUUCUCUGCUGUCUAUGAAUUUAAGCUCAUUUGUGAUCUUUGAGGGUUUUUAUCGUCAACAUCCUGCCGGUGUGUACUGGAAGUGGACAGAAGCAGCUCUGCAGCAAAAAGCAAUCAAUAUUCAAGCUGCCAUGGAAAGGACUGUUCAGGCUUAUGGGACAAAAGAAAAAAAGAUUUAUUUAUUUAGAUUUUUUGUGUCUUGUCUGAGGUUAUUAGUUUAAUAUCCUACAUAUAUAAUUCAUGUCUAUGAGCAGCUGAAAUUCAAAACAGUUUUUUUAGCCCCAUUGUCUGAUUUUUCCAUUUGUACACAUGUGAAAGCUGCACAAAAAGCUAAAAUACUACAUUAAAUUAAACCAAAAUAUAAAUUAUUAAUAUUCAUAAUAUACCUAUUAAGUAUACUUUAAUACUUGCCACAAUUGUUACAUGCAUGCACUUUCAAAUGUCAUCAUUGCACCUUUAUUAAUACUGUAUUGCAUUUAUUUGCACUAUUAUGUCCACUUCAGGACUGCCAUACUGUUUACAUUCACUUUCUUUCACUCACCUUCCUCCUUAUAUUUACACUGCACACAGUUUUUACUGUUAUACUGUUUAUAUUGUUAUCUUUAUGUGAGUAUUUAAGGUAGUCUUUUGUUUAGCUUAGUUGUUUAUUCUAUAUUUAUACUUUUAUAGUUUUAUUCUAAUAGUUUAUUAGUUUAUUUUUAUUAUUGUUAUGCACCGUAGGUCUGAGAGGACUGAAAUUUCAUCUGUGCUGUUAGUUUAACAUGUAUAGCAUAUUUGACAAUAAAGUUGACUUUGACUAAAUUGUCAAGAGAAAUAAAUCAAUCUUAAUUUAUUGCAAAAUAUAUAUUUUUUUGUGAUACCUGCAGAAAUUAGUAAACUUAUAGAAGUUUGAACUAUAUAGUAUUAUUAUUAUUUUAAAUAAUAGCAAAACAAAAAAUCACAAAUAAAAAAUAUAUCUCAUAGAUACAGAUCAACUAAAAAUAAUGUUUUGAACCAGGUGUUUAUUGUCUUUAUCAGUCUGAAUAACUUAAAUCAAAUAUUUGUGACUGUAUAUAAAUUUACUUUUGAAUUAAUUUCCUAAGGGGUGUAAUAAAUUAUGAUCUUAACUAAGAUGCUUUAAAGUAAUUUUUCCCUCAGUGUAUCAAAUAUACUGUAGAUGAAAAAGUUUUCAUAUUGUGGAUCAAUAGUGCAUAUAGAUAGAUAUAUGUAAGACCAUAGAUAUGCCUUUCAAUUAUGGCACAGACAUUUUCUUUUUGCAGGUUUGCAUAUAAAAAUAUUCAAUAUCUUGUAUUAGUGUCACUGAUUUUCAUAUAAGACUCACAACAAAGGUCAAACUGCUGCAUGAUAUUUAUGUCUUUACUAAAUAAAUUAUUUUUUUGCAUGAAGAUGAUCCAGAAAAUUAAAACUAAAGUACCACAACUGCACCAAUCUAAAGUUAUAACAGAUAAAUUUAACUUUCUCCAAUUAACAAGUGUCUAUUUCACCUCUUCAGUUUUCCCGUCACUGAAUGUCUGUGUGACCUCAGAAAUGGAGAGACAGAGCCCAGAAGAGAAACAGACAGACACGAACAGGACACCGGCCACCACCACCCCCAUCACAUCAGCUGCUGUAACCACGGCAACAGCCAGCUCUAGCAGCACCAUGUGCACCCAGGCGCCCUCUACCUCCCUCAGCAUCGUCUCACCAGACAGGCAUGCAGUCCAGGUAAUAGACAGUGUCAAAGACCUCUGCAUAUUACAACUUCCCUGUAGGACAGUUCAGGAAAUAAGACAGUGUCUUUGACCGCUGCAUAUAUAUUUUUCAUAUAAGUACUCAAGGUAAUAGAUAGUAGCUGUGAGCACUGAAUAAACUACGUCAUGUGAUCAAAAGAUAGGCUAGAAAAUACACAGCAACUGUCACCCCUGCAUAGAUUUUACACUCCAGGUAAUAGAUGGUACCUAUAACCUCUUUAGGCAUUGUUUUCUCAGACUGGCAGGCAGUCAGAAGACUACAUAUUUCCUGGGACCUCUAAAUAAAUUGUCUUCGGAGAGGUCGAGUUUAUAGACAAUAUCUGUGACCUUUGGAGGAAUUAUUUUAUUUUACUGGCAGGCAGCCUUGCUGAUAGUCAGAAGGUUACCUGCUGGGAUUUCUGCUAGUAUUGCACAAAGAUAGGUAAUCAGCCAGGCAAUAGACAGCCGCUUUGGCCCCUACAUGCAUGUUAAAAUAGCCCUGGAAAUAAACUGCGCUUUCAGCCUUUCAAGCAUCAUUUGACUUGGUAGAUGAAAAAAAAAUGUUAGUGUCUUUGAAAUGAUUGCUUCCUUUGUUUGAGAUCCAGAAAUUACACAGUACCUGGGAGACAAGUGGUGAUUAAUUAGACAGGAGAUAGUCCAGGAAGCAGAUUGUGUUUUUCGAAAUCUGCAGACCUUGGUUAAUUUGAUUGGCAGGUAAUCCAGAUAAAAGGAACCUUUGCAUGUAUUCAUUUGAAAGAGAGACCAGGUAAUAGACAGGAACAACACUUCCAUACCUUAUUUUUCACUUGAAUGGGAAUAAAUCAAGAUAAUAGAUGGUACUAUAGAUGGUAGAUGGUAGGCAGUACAUGAGACCUCUGUAUGCAUUGUUUGAUUUAACAUGAAUUCAGGUCAUAGAUGGCACAUUGGAGCUCAGCAGGCAUUGUUUUACCUGACAGGUGAGCAGGUGAUGGAUGAUGUGUCUACUUGAGAAGGUAAUACAGAAUGUAGAGAAAAGCUAAGUGAAAUCAAAAGCCCUCAAUGCUGCUGUGAAGUUGGUUCAUCUAGAUUUUCAUUUUGAAGAUUUAAGAUGAUGUUGGUUUGGAUUUGAUCUCUAUAUAACAUGGAUGAUUGAACCAGUUUUUUAAGGAAUACUCUGAUCCAAAUGUCAGAGUCCUUCACUUCUUCAUUUGUCUGUGCAAGUUAAACUAAACUCAAAAGGCUGAGCUACAGAUAAUGAAGUAAAAUUCAAUGGCUGUCUGUCCAUCGUGUUAUGCAAUAGGUGAUCCAGCAUGCUAUCCACAGACCUCAGAGCAUGGCAGCUCAGUACCUGCAUCAAAUGUACGCAGCCCAGCAGCAGCACCUCAUGCUGCAGACAGCAGCCCUGCAACAGCACCAGCACAGCCCCCACCUGCAGAGCCUGGCCACCAUACAGCAGGUCAGAGUCAUUCAUGCAACUUUAGACAUAUGUAUAUUUUUCAACAUGAGCUUUAGUAUAACCUGCUUUCUGGAUGUUUCCCAGGCUUCAGUGUGUCAGAGGCAGUCGCCUUCAUCAUCCAGCAGUAGUUUGGUUCAUCAGCCUGCGGGCUCAUCUGUAAGUUUCUGUGUUCUUGCAGAUGUUUUAUUUCUGCUCUGAGCACAAAGAGAAACCUCUUCAUCUUCCUCUUUUCACUCUUCAUUAUUUCCCAGAUCACACUCCCAACAUCUCCUGUAACAGCUCAGCUGAUUGGCAGAACACAAACAUCGAACUCUGCCAGCGCCGCAACCUCCAUAUCCCAGCAGGCGAUGCUCCUGGGAAACAGACCGUCCAACUGUAGCCAAGCUCAGAUGUACCUCCGAACUCAGAUGGUAAAAAAGCUUUCCAAAUGUCCUUUUUCUGUUCCCACUGGAUGCUUUUUUUGUUAGUUUUAUAAUUCAUUCAGUUUCUAUCUGUUUUUAUAUUUAUUUAAUCAUCUUGCCACCUGUCUCUCUCUGUGCUCUGUGCUCCUCUUCUCUCAGCUCAUUUUGACCCCUGCAGCUCCUGUGGCUGCAGUUCAGUCGGACCUUCCUGCUGUCACCUCCUGCUCCUCACAGCCUACCUCCUCUCAGGUACUAACUUUGCCAGGAGAAAAUUCAAACUUCUCAUAUUUUAGACUUCAGGAUAUUAGAUCAAGAGUAAUAUUUUAUGGUUAAAAGAAACAGAUUUUCCUUGGGAUUUGGAUUACCAGUGUAUGGGUUUUGUUUUUAUGUAAUUAGGUGCAGAAUCUAGCUCUGCGGGCCCACUUGCCUGGCGCUCUAGCCACAGCCCACGGCGUGAUAUUGAAGCCGUCCACCCAGUCCCAACUGUCCACUUUAUCCAAAACUUCAGUCUGUGCUCUGAAGACCAACCAGCCGACCAACACAUCCACGGACACAGGACCUGUUGAUGCCCCCCAGCUGCCCUCAGGACCUCAGAUUAUAACGUCAGGUGAACUAAUGUUUACAAAAGUGAGGAUUACAGGAGAGAUUACCAGAAAAAACAACAUCUGAAAGGCUUAAGUCAUGAGUCACUGUAACCAAACUCAACUCCCACACUCUGUCGAAACCAACACUCUUGUGAGAAAUUACAUAAACCGGCUUUCCUCUGCAUGGUACUACCUACGACAAAAACAGUAAUCUGCAAGCACUUGAAGGGAUUUUCCGGCACAAAGUCUUCAUCAUUUCCUUGAAGUAAAAUCAUCAUAUUAAUCAUUUUGCACUGCAGACGCGGUAGUUCUUCUGCCUUAGCGUGUCGAUCUGAUUGCAUUUCCAUGAGGAAAUGAUCAUAAAUGUUCUUCCUUGAGCUGCGUCACCCCGCUGUAGUCCGUAAUGGACUGGCCUGAGGUCUCACUACAAAAAAGCGGCUGCUGGAAGAGAGUAGGUGAGUUGUGUUUAGUCUCUUUGCUAAAGAAAUUAGGCAAAGUUAAAAAGUUGUUUGGUGGCUAGUACUUUGGCUGGGACCCUGUAUGUACUGUUGAUGUAGUUAGGUGCUGUUCUGAGCAUUAUUUGUGGCUAUAGAGUGGCACUUUGGUUGAGGUUUGUUUUUGGCUCUUCAGACCGCUGUGUAUUGCUAUCGUGCUGUCGUUACUAAAGUUGGUAUAACUAGAGAAGCAAGUGGUCGGCAACAUUCAUCUCUCAAAGGGGUGUCUAACUCAGUGUUACAGUGUGUUUGACCCUAAAUUAAAUUUACGCCGGAAUAUCCCUUUAACAAGAGCAGCAAGUAAUACAAAGAAAAGAGGAACCAACCCGGAAAAUAAUCAAUUUUACAGCCCUCUUAAAUAAAUGAGAUAAGUUACAGGUGGAGCAGAUGAUUUUUUUGAAAAAGAAAUUUAAAAAAAUGCCAACGCUCAAAAAGAUUCAUGUCCAAGUUAGAGAACAACCCCAAUUUAUUGUGAACCACGUUCUGCCUCUGAUCAGAAGAUAUCGAGUUACGAUUAAAGGUUUCGGGGUGGCCAGUUAGAGUCCAGAAGGAGCCAUGGUCAAUCUUGUAAGUACUAAUCUCAUCUCACAUUUUUUUUAAAUCUCUUUCUGUGCAUCGUUCUCCUUACAGCCUUCCCGCCGAUACAGACCCACACUCUGGUAAAGCAGCAUCUAUCAUGUCCACCUGUCCAGCGUGUGGCGCAGCACCAGCUCAUCCUCCAUCGGACAGCGGGAGGAGCUCUAAACCAACGCCAGCUCCAGCCCAUCGCCCUCAGAGUCGCACCUCAAGACACCAACUCCACCCCUCUUUCUCUGUCCAUCAAAAGACUGACAACGAACAGCACCCAAUCUCAAACCAGCGACACCACAACUUCUUCUUCUUCUUCUUCAUCUGUCACCACCGUCUUUGCCUCAUCAGCUCAUACCUCAAUCCCCGCAGCAACUGUCCAGCCUCAGCCUCCUCCUCUGGUGGCCGCCCCACAGCGUCGGACCUCAUUCCCACAAGCUCAGAACCAGCCCCCACCUCCUCCUCCACCUCUGGUUCUCCCCAGGCUGCCUCAGAACCCCCCUGCCUCCCUGCAGAGGCUGUCCCUGCACUCGGUCCAGGCUGUGGCGGUGCAGGCGGGGCAGGUGCUGUUGACUGAACAGGAGCUGCCUGUAGCCGAGGCCCUAGUCCAGAUGCCGUACCAGAACCUCCCUCCUCCUCAGACUGUCGCUGUGGAUCUUAAAGUACAUCCAGCCAGACGCAGUGAAACUCCAUCUGUGAGUCUCCACUUGUUUUUGUAGAUAUUUUUCUUGCUAAUUUGUUCUGAAUAUGAACUAUUUUGACUGAAGUUUUUAUUUUUAUUUCAGUCAGGUCAAACCUGUAAAGUGAACGGGCUGAGCUCAGCAGAGAAGAAAGAUGAAUGUCGUCAGAGUCCACAGAGAGAAAGGUCCAUGACACCUCCUACUGUGCCUCCUGAGAAGACCGCUACAGGUAAAAAGUGUGACAUAAACAUGAGAAUGACAUUAACAUAACACAGAUGAAAGAAGACCAUCAGCGACAUGACUAAUGAUUUAUACUCUGUAAUCUUUAAUGAUUGAAGCCAGUGUGAGGGAUUGGUGUCAGCUGAGCGCCUGAAGAAACAACUCUGUCUUUAGAUUUUCCACAUAAAAUACUCUAAAAACAAUCAAUUUGACUGUCAAAAGUUAGCAGGAUGAGAUUCAGAAGAUCUGUUUAAGCAUGACAAGGGCAAAAAAAGCAAUUAGUGCUCUGCCCACAGGGGGCGCCAAAAUUGACAAAAGCUCGGGCUCUAUUUUCGUGCCCGUCGGUGGUGCGGCGGAGGUAGGCGCACCCCAUGCAGUGGUAUUUUCGUCUGGCGGAGCCCGGCGUACAGCCAGUUUGGUAUUUUCAUAGACUGAGGCGCACCGAGGUCCGCCAAGUUGGGCGUGGAUGUGCGGUAGGGGGCGCUGGCGCAGUGACAUUUUCAUGCUUGACGGCAGCAUGUAAAGUGCGCUAAAAGCUCGCCGAUUCAAACCUGGUCAGCUUUCAGCCCAGGCGGAGCACAGCUGGUCUAGUGGUAUUAUGGUAGACCAGCCCCGUAGUGUGCAUACAUCACCGAUGCCUCACCGGCAGGUUUCCACAGUGUCAGGCACAUUACAGUGCAAUAAAUAAUCAACAACAAGUAAUAAUCUGAGUCAGCACAUACACAUUUAGAUCUACAUCAGAUCUGGUCUGAUGAGCACUUUUAGCACACGUUUAGACUCUCAACCUGACCGAAUCAACUCAGCUGAAACCGCAUUAAAUGAAAUAAAUAUCUAGUAAUUAGACAAACAUGAUGAAGUUAAAGAGAUAUGUAAUUCGUCUCCCUCCUUUUCUAUCGCCAUGCCUGCGCCACGCUGCCGGCGAGGCACGAAAAUAGAGCCCUUCAGCUCAAAAAAAAUUGAAUUUUCUGGCCAUAGUUUGUGGUUUCAGGCAUUAAAGGGUUAAAUAGAUCUAAAUGUUUGGAAGAAGCCUGGUUUUUAUGGAGAGUUUUCUGCAAUCUCUUCGUUCAUCAGCGAUGGACACCUCCUCUGCCGUAUCCAGUCCCUCAGUCAUCAAGUCGCCAACUGUUGAAGAGCCGUCGCAGCUCAGCCCUGCCCACCUCAGCAGCAGUAACCCUCCUCCCCCAUCUCCUCCUCUGCCUCCUCCCAUCCUGCCUGCAGCAGUCAGAGGUCCCAGUCAGCCCCCCACCUCCCCAGCCGGCCCCCCGGCUAGCCCUGAGAGGAUCCACACAGCCCAGAUCCUCACACACCUGGUGGAGGGCUUUGUCAUCAGAGAGGGACUGGAGCCUUUCCCGGUAUGUUUGCUGUGGGUUAAAUAUCAGAACUCCCUUAGCUCAUUAAUUAAUAUCCAAAACUGUGAAUAUUGCAUCAUUGCUACUAAUUAAAAGGAAGACAAAUCAAACAGAUUUACUCUAAUGUGUUUUUUUUCCAACUCCUAAUGCCAGUAAAAACCCUGUUGAACUUGAAAUGUAGUCUUAAACAUUCCCAAUAACUUAACAUUACUUUCUUUAUCUGAUGAAAUUCAAGUUAAAACACUUUUAUCCUUUAAUUUUCAUCAAAUCAGUGUCCCUGUACUCAUGUUAGUGCAGUAAAUCUGUAUCCACACUGGGAGUACAUGUUCUUCUGUACCACUGAAUGGAACUUUUACCCUCUAAAUUGACCUCUUCAUGCAGGUGGUCUCCACUUCGCUGUUAGCAAACCAGCAGGCUUCACUUCCUGAGUCCCAGGAGGUCCAAGCCAAUGGGGGCGCAGAAGCAGAGGACAGUCCCCUGGAUGCUGAUCUGACAGACUCAACAGACUCUGAGAUGGAAAACGAAGACCCUGCAGCAGAUGGUAUCACAUUACUUGUUUCUGUUGUCUUCAGUCUCAUCCUCAUCCAGCUAUUCACUGAACACUCAUUCUUUGUAUGAAAGCAUUUACAUUAGUCCUGAUGAUUCAUUCAUUUAUGUUUUUCUUUGAAUUCCUCACCUGUGCGUCAGUGUGCACAAAUGUGCAUCUAACUCCUGGUCAUGUGAAGUUGCAGAUCCAGAGGAGAGGGUGUCCGGUUUGCUGCAGUGUGAGUUCUGUGGGAGCAGAGGUUACGCUCACACAUUUCUACGCUCCAAACGCUUCUGCUCCAUGACCUGUGUCAGAAGGUAAAAAACACACAUCUGUAUGUAAUAACUAAAAAAUAGGCCAACUAAUCGGGAUUUGAAAUGUUAUAGUAAUUGUUUAUCAAAAACAAGCUUUGUAUGUUGAAGCCUUAUAUAGUAUUGUCUCAUUAUUACGAACUGUAAUAAGAAUAACUUUAUUUUAUCCCCAAAGGGAAAUUCAAUUGUCUGUAGUCUCAGUUGUCAUGUGUCAAAAAGUCAUCUACUAGAUCUACAUCUACUAGGUAUCACUUAGCUGUGCUCUAAUAAAAAUGACCAGCCUUUGUUCCAAUAUUUAUGCUUUGCCAAUAAAUUCCAUAAGCUACCAAAUGGCCCCUUAAUGUCCCUAACACCAAAGCCUGGAAAAGAUUGGUGUAAUCAAGCACUAUGAGCCAUAUCACAAGAGUUAGAAAGGGGUAUUUGGUCAUGUAAACCUCUUCUUCCACCAUAUCCAUACACAACAAAUGACAAUAAAAGACACAAAAACAAGAAAAAGGAGACUUAGGAGUGAUGUGAGACAGAGGACAGGGAAGCCGAAGCCAGGGCCAGAAACUUGCUUUAGCUACAGCUCGUUCAUUCCAGGUUAAGCUGUCUGCUCUAGCUCCCACUACAACGAGAAAAGACCCUCAGUUACUCCCAAUCAUCCCACUCAGCAAUAGACGACUUUUAGACGUCUAGUUGUUUUUUAGACCUAAUUUCAACCAUAAGAUUCUAUAUAUUUUUAGAUGGAAUUUGGACCCACUAACCCAUUAUUUGAUAACUAUUUAUUUCAAAAAGCAACUGUGAGUUGCAUAACUGAUCUCCAAGUACUUAACCAAAAUAAUUAUGAUAGCCAAUGAGCAAUAUACAGUGUAGUAUAGAUAUAGCCCAGACUUAGUUUAGACUUGGUCUAAAUUUAGCCAUCUAAAAAGCUUUCAUUUUUAGACCUGUGGUAGCCUUAUUUCAGACCAGUUGUCUAGACUACAUUUAGACGUCUAUUAGACCUCUUUUAGACCAAAAAAUACUCAGUUGGAUGAUAAAGUUGAUCAUGCCUUGAUCCCCCAGCAUUCACUCACACAGUUUAGUGUAUAAUCACUCUAUCGUUUCCAGCUGUUUGAGCUGAUAACCCAAAAUUAUCUUUAUGAUCAAACACUGAUUGUAGAUUUUUUUAGGCUGUACAUCCUUAAAUAACAUGUAACCACUGAUGCAUUUGUAGUAAUGUAGUCAAAGAGUGUGGAGAGAUUGAAACUAACCUUAGUGUGAGUGGAGAAUUACAUGGAAACAAUGAGUAAUACUCCCACCCUUCAACACGUGCCCUUGAGCAAGGCACUUAACUUUGGUGGGAACCUAAUGGGUGAAAAUUCAGGGUUUUUUAAUCUGUCGUAUAAAUAAAGAUUGAAGGAAAGCAGUGUAAUGUUUAUUUUUCCCAAAAUGGUCGCUCUCAGUGGUGGAGAAACAUAUAAUCUGACAUCUGGAGUCCAUUUGGAUACAUUAGGGUUAUAGGAGACAGUCUCAGGAGUGUAAUCAUGACCAGGUUUCUGUCUGAGACAUAGUUGGGUAUUAAAAGAAGGGUAGCUUUGAGUCCAGAUCAUGUUCAAAAGCCGAACUAACUGUACUCAGAACAUAAUGGGAAAUAAAAUCUCAAAGUGCUUCAAAAUCAUGACUGCAUAGAUCUGCUGCCAGCUGUUUAAAUCUAUCUGAAUAUUUCCAAUGUGUGUGUGAAGGUUUAACGUGAGCUGUACCAAGCGUAUCAGCGUGCUGAGAGCAGGGCGCUGGGGUCACAGGCCGAUGGGCAGGAGAGGACGACCCCCCAGCAGAGUCAACGGAGCCUCCAGAGAACAUUUUCUGAGACAGGUCAGUUAACAUCAGUGACCUGCCGCGGAGUGUGACAUGCAGAGGAGCUGCAGGGAUCACUGGUCCUCUGAGACAAGCUGCACCCAGGGGACACAGCUGCAUCUGACAGCAGCAGAGCUUUGAAGGAGAGCAGUGAAAUGUGAACGCAUAUUUUAGCUUUCAUAAAACAGGGUUUCAAAAAGACGGGAAACCUUUGGCUGUUUUUACUUCUGAGUCAAAUCUGGAGACUUAGUGGAGACCGGAUUUGUAUUUCUUGCUGAUCAUAGUCCAAAAAUCUGCUGGUGUUUGUGUUAAAAACUACAGCGCUAAUCUGUUUAAGGGAAUUACUCAUCCUGUUUUGGAAGUAUGCCAAUGCUGUGUUAUGUAAUAUCCCAGAUUUCCUUUUUCUAAAGAAAGAGUUGUUCACUUCACAAAAAGUUUGAUUAACUUAACUGAGACACAAACUAAAACACUGAUCUAAAGCUUAAGAAGUUUGAGUAAGAUCGGGUGUUAACCUACUUCAAAAUAAAACAACAGAAGAAAACAACAUAAAAAGGCAGCAAACAAAACACGCCCAAAUUAGAGUGAGCGAAAAGAAAUGGGAGCAUAGUAAAAAAUAACAGAGUUUAAAGCUUCUGUGGGCAUUUUUUGUUAAAGGGAUAUUCCAGAGUAAAAUUAAGUUAAGGGUCAAACACACCAUACUACAGAGUUAGACACCCCGUUGAGAGAUGAAUGUUGCCGACCGCUUGCUUCUCUAGUUAUACCAACUUUAGUAACGACCACAGGAUAGCAAUACACAGCGGUCCCAGGAGCCAUGCGCUCAACCAAAACGCCACUCUAUAGCCACAAAUAAUGCUCAUAACAGCACCUAACUUCAUCAACAGUACAUAUAGGGUCACAGCCAAAGUACUAACCAUCAAACAUCUUUUUAGCUUUGCCUGAUUUCUUUAGCAAAGAGACUAAACACAACUCACCUACUCUCUUCCAGCAGCCAUUUGUUUGUAUGGAGAUCUCAGGCGAGUUCAUUACCGCAGUGGGGUGACGCAGCUCAAGGAAGAACAUUUGUGAUCAUUAUUUUAUCAUUCCCUUGAAGCAAUAACCAUCAUAUUAAUCGUUUUGCACUGCAGACGCGGUAGUUCUUCUGCCUUAGCGUCUCGGUCUGAUUGCAUUUCCAUGAAGAAAUGAUCGCAAAUGUUCUUCCUUGAGCCGCGUCACCCCGCUGCAGUCGAUGGACUCGCUCGGAGGUCACUGUACAAACAAGCGACUGCUGGAAGAGAGUAGGUGAGUUGUGUUUAGUCUCUUUGCUAAAGAAAUUAGACAAAGUUAAAAAGAUGUUUGGUGUCUAGUACUAUGGCUAGGACCCUAUAUGUACUGUUGAUGAAGUUAGGUGCUGUUCUGAGCAUUAUUUGUGGCUACAGAGUGGCGUUUUGGUCGAGCACGUGGCUCCUGGGACUGCUGUGUAUUGUUAUUCUGUGGUCAUUACUAAAGUUGGUAUAACUAUAGAAACAAGCGGUCAGCAACAUUCAUCUCUCGACGGGGUGUCUAACUCUGUAGCACGGUGUGUUUGACCCUUAACUUAAUUUUACACCGGACUAUCCCUUUAAUUGUAAAUACAACACCAUCAAAAAAGUCUUAGCUGAGAUACCUACAUAACAUCACAACAACUUUUUUCCUCGUCUGAUGGUUUCUUUGCUCCUCAGACUCACAGGUCAUUCACUUCAGAGGAGGUCCAGCAAAGCUCUCUGAGAGAGGAGGAGGAGGAAGAGGAGGGGAGAGAGCGGGAAGAAGAAGAGCAGGAGGAUGAAGAGCCUCCCAUUCCCAUGACAACCAGGCUUCGGAAACAGGCCGAAACACGACGAGAAAGGGAGAGAGAGAAGGAGAGAGAGCAGGAGCAGAGGGUAACAGAGACGAUCAACAUCUCUGAUGGAGGAGACGAUGAAGAAGAAGAAGAAGAAGAAGAAGAAGAAGAAGACGUCGGGUGUCCGUCUCAGUGGAAUGUAGAACAAGUGUUCAACUUUAUCAACUCCCUGCCAGGUAUGACCACGACUUUAGCUCACCUUUCGGUACUGCUUCACUCUGUAUCCUGUCAAAGUUAGCUUGUAAGGAGGAAAGAAGUAGAGAGUUCCUAAUAGAUCAGGAGAUUCUUGUAGCACAGCAGGUAGAGAGAGAGAUGAUGUAGAUGAGUGAAAGGCUGCAGAGAGAGGACCUAGACUCAGGCAGAACCUGAUGAUUAAUUGAUGCAAUUAGAAUUACAUGAAGGCAGAUUCAGAAGACCCCACAGCAGACAUGGCAUCAUUAAAACUCCAUCCAGCUGAGGGAAAAAAGAGCAAAACCCUUUUAACUUCUCGCACUGAAACUACAGAACACAUCUCUUCUUCUUUCCAGGUGGUCAGGAUGUAGCUGCGGAGUUUCGCUCGCAGGAAAUUGACGGACAGGCACUGCUGCUCCUCACCGAGGAUCACCUAGUCAGCACCAUGAACCUUAAACUGGGACCUGCUCUGAAACUCUGUGCACAUAUCAACUCUCUGAAAGACUCAUAAAAACAGAAACAUGGAUUGAUUAAUCUAGUCCUGGAUGAAGAGAACACAAAGGACAGGAUUUUUUUCCCUCUGCAGUGUGAACACACAGCAAACUGCAGUUUCCUCUUCUGAUCACUGCCACAGUUUCACUCCUGAUGCCUCUAGUGAUGAGUCCACACACACUGCUACAGCUUAUUUCUACAGAUGAGCGUUUCCUUCUAUCAUGUCUCAUCAGCCCCGUUAUAGUAACUGUAGCAGUUUUUGUUCCAUUUGUUUCAAAAUGUUUUUAACAGUUCUUCGUAUCAGCUGUACAGAUGCUCAGAGAGGCAAGUGAUAAACAUUGUAUACUUCACCUUUAAAGACCCACUCCGAUGAAAAUCAUGUUUUUCUCGCUGUCUACAUGUUCAUGGCAUUUUUCUAAUACUACAGGACAUAUCAUGACAAAAAGAAGUGCGAAACUGCAUUUCUGAAUUCAAAUUGCUGUGAAUCUCUAGGAGACAUAAACAGCAGGUUCAGAUACAGAGAUUUCCUACGUAAUCAAUCCAAGCUCCGCCCCCGGAGCCCCCAAAGUAGAGAGGACGAUCCCGGAAUGAGCAUCUGUGUUAGCGGAUUGAAAUGCUCAAUAUUAAGUUACAUCAUGGCCCAAAAGACAUUAGUGUCCGAGAGCUGAAUAGCUCCUAUGUUCCCCGUUUCUUCUACUGCACUGGCAAUGUUAGGCUGCAAGCUAACUCAAGGAGAAGUGUGCAGAGCAGUGCUGUCUCAGAGGCAAAUUGCUAAUGAGCUACUGAAGCUCUGCAGAAGAAAAGCCCUUAAAAAUUACACAGGAAAUGUGAUUUUUGGCAAAAACUUCAUAAUCACAGUUUAAAGACCACUGAGAAAACUUUAAGUAGAAAAAAAAACCCAUCGGAGUGGGACUUUAAGAGUCCAUUUUGAAACAGUUUUCAGUAACAAUAUGAACCGUCUUGAAAAUUUAUGACCAGGAAAACACAAUUAUUUGAUGGUUUAUUUGUUUAUCAAUUCUUCAGUCAUAAAUCAGGUGGAAAAAAUAAUUGGAAAUUAAUCGCUUUUUUUCUUUUUUAAUUGCUUUUUUUCCUCUUGGGCCUCUGUACAUCUGUUCACAAAGAACUCAACCCUGCCUCUAUAGUUUAAAACAGCACAGUUACAGGAUAUUGUCCAGCUACAAAGAAAAAGCAGAUAAAGGCUCAUUAACAUACAGAUUGAAUUUUUUUACAUUGUCUUAUUUAAAGGGAACAAACAGCUGUAAAGACGUCUGGACACAAACUCACUGUGGGGAUUGUUAUUUAUGAAUUAUUUAUAAUCAUAAUUAUUAUCAAUGAACAAAUAAAAGGAUGGAAAGUGUUUUGAA